AUGCUUCCAGCUGUGUGCAAGUUCAAUGCCGACAAGGGAGUCAACCAAGACCAGCAGAAGCGUACUUUGGACAUUCUCGUGAAACAGCAACCCGUAACGUCACUGAUGGAUGAAGUGAGAAUGACUAGCAAAGAAUAUGAUCUGGCUGGUGUUCUCGACUUGAUUAUCAGAGAAUUGGGCAUGCCGAGGUCGUUGAAGGAUGUUGGUAUUACCUCUGAUCACCUUCCAGGUCUUGCUGCGAAUAGCUUGAACGACAUCUGGAUCAAGACCAAUGCCUAUAAGAUCACGAAGACGGAGGAGGUUAUGGAGAUCCUGAAAGCUGUUACCGGCGAUUAG